AUGGCGUCCAAAAUUCAACAUUGCAUCGCAUGCACGACUAAAAAUAAAUCUGUUGCUGGUGAUAGCGUUAAUUUCCACAGCUGCUCAGCCCAGAAAAUCAAUGAAGCACCCACAAUUCCCAAGAGAAGACAAGAGUUGUUGAAGUGGAAUGGAUGGGGUUACAAAGAUUCAAAGUUUACAGUUAGCAAGGAUAGUCAAAUAGAACUAAGUGGAGAAAGGUAUAGACUAAGUGGUAAAAAACUACCCCAUUUAAAAGAUUGGAUUAGUGCUGUUAUUGGUGUUAAUUUAGAUUAUAGAGCUCCAGCACAGGGAGAAAUAACAGCAGCUGAUAUACCUAUACCUAUUAAACAUGAAGAAUUUAUUGAUGAUGUUAAAAGAGCAGGAAUAUCAUUCUCUGAUGAUUGUCAGGACAGAUUAUUUAGAGCACAUGGUCACACACUACAUGAAAUAUUUCGAUUACGCGAAGGAACGUUUGAAAGAAUUCCAGAUUUAGUUGUAUGGCCAGAUAAUCAUAAUGAAGUUGUAAAUGUUGUUGAAUUAGCCUGUAAAUAUAAUGUUGUUAUUAUACCAUUUGGAGGUGGAACAACUGUUUCUGGGGCUUUGGAAUGUCCACCAUUAGAACAAAGAAUGAUAGUAUCUCUAGAUACAUCACAAAUGAACAAAAUAUUAUGGGUAGAUGAAAAGAAUUUAACAGUACAUGCUGAAUGUGGUAUAAUAGGACAGGAUUUAGAAAGAUUUUUAGCUGAAAAGGGGUAUUGUACUGGUCAUGAACCUGAUUCUAUGGAAUUUAGUUCUUUAGGAGGCUGGGUAGCUACUAGAGCCUCUGGAAUGAAGAAAAAUAUUUAUGGCAAUAUUGAAGACAUGAUUGUACAUAUCAAAUUUGUUACUCCUCGUGGAGUGAUGGAGAAAAAUUGUCAGGUCCCACGAAUUUCUGCUGGUCCAGAUAUCCACCAUUUUAUUUUAGGCUCGGAAGGUACGUUGGGUAUUGUAACAGAAGUAACAAUAAAAAUCCGACCUCUACCCCAAUGUAAAAAGUAUGGUUCAAUUGUAUUUCCUGAAUUCCAGAAUGGUGUUGGUUGUUUAAGAGAAAUAGCUAAACAGAGAUGUGCUCCAGCCUCUAUUAGAUUGAUGGAUAAUGAACAGUUCCAAUUUGGUCAUGCAUUAAAACCAGAAGAUAGUUCUAUAUUAUCGAGCUUUUUAGAUGGUUUAAAAAAGUUUUACAUUACAAAAUUAAAAGGUUUUGAUCCACAAAAAUUAAGUGUAGCUACAUUGUUAUUUGAAGGUACCAAAGAGGAAGUAGCAGCUCAAGAGAAGAGAGUGUAUGAAAUAGCUGCCAACUUUGGUGGUUUACCAGCAGGUGCUGAUAAUGGGGAACGUGGUUAUAUGUUAACAUUUUCUAUAGCUUAUAUCAGGGAUUUAGCUUUAGAGUAUUAUGUUGUAGCCGAGUCAUUUGAAACAUCUGUACCAUGGGAUAGAUGUUUAGAUUUAUGCCAGAAUGUUAAAGAGAGAUUACAUAGAGAAUGCAAAGAUAGAGGUGUGCAGUUUCCACCUUACGUCACUUGCAGAGUAACACAGACCUAUGAUGCUGGUGCAUGUGUCUAUUUUUAUUUUGGUUUUAAUUAUCGUGGUAUUUCUAAUCCAGUUCAUUUAUAUGAAACCAUUGAGGGCUGUGCAAGAGAUGAAGUAUUAGCUAAUGGUGGCAGUAUUUCGCAUCAUCAUGGUGUGGGUAAAGUAAGGAAACGAUGGUUAAAGAAGACUGUAGGAGAUGUUGGACUUGGUGCAAUGAAAGCAUUAAAAGCUUAUAUUGAUCCUCAGAAUAUAUUUGGCAAUGAUAAUUUAAUGAUCGGAAAUUUAUAGAUCUAUCGUCUUGCUACCAUGACAAUAUUUUCCACUACUAUUUAAUUGAUUAUGAUUAAUUAUUAAUUAAGUUAAUUAACUUACCAGUUAUAUGGGACAUAAAAUGUAAAUUUUGUCAAUAAUUACUGCUGCCAUCUUUAAUGAAACAGUCAUUAUCCUUUAUCCUAUAUUUAUUACCAAUUUUUAUUUAUUAGUUUUUUUACAUAUAGAAUCAUGAUUAUCAUGGCUAUCUUCUAGACAUGUUAAAUUACUGAAACCAUUGUCUAAGGUGGUAAAUUUAUUAUCUCAACCAUUAUUAUGUUCAUGAAUGAUUUUAUUAAACUGAUAUGAUUUGUUACUGUCUUCAUCUUGAAUUUUACUGAUUAUUUUUAUGUGAUUGGGAGUAUCGGCUUGAAAAAAAAAUACUGUUAGCUUUAGAAAGAUUUUGCAUUGAUGAGCACACAUUAUCACUUUGAAGAAGUUUUACAUGGGAUUUUAAAUAUUUUUUUUUUUAAGACCAAGACUAUCAGUACUGUUUUAAGCUGACAUUCAAAUUCACAUGUAAAAAAUUUGGCAAAAUGCAAGAUUUUGAAGAAUGUUUGAAGACAGUUUGAUUUGUAUAUGAAUGAUUGUUAAUGAAUGAUAUGUGUUUAAGAAUAAAAAAUUUGCUUAUCCUCUAUAUUAUUGUUUAAUUGUAAAAGCUUCUUAAAAAUGCUCAAUAAAUUGGAUAAUUAUCUCACCUA